GUCUCGACCUUUCGAAACAGAACUGCCGGUAACAUAUUAAUCACCCACCAUGGAGGACGGCCAUAGCAAGACCGUCGAUGAAGUCGUAAGCCACUUCCGAGUCGAUCCGGAAAAGGGCCUUUCCCUUGACCAGGUGAAGGAAUACCAAAAGAAAUAUGGACCCAAUGAACUCCCUGCUGAAGAAGGAAAGACACUAUGGCAAUUAGUGCUUGAACAGUUUGAUGAUCUUCUAGUCAAGAUUCUGCUAUUGGCUGCUAUUAUUUCAUUCGUAUUAGCUCUGUUUGAGGAACAUGAAGGCGUAGAAGCUUUCGUGGAACCGUUCGUCAUUCUACUGAUUCUGAUCGCUAACGCCGUGGUCGGUGUGUGGCAGGAGCGCAAUGCAGAGUCCGCGAUCGAGGCGCUAAAGGAGUAUGAGCCCGAAAUGGGCAAGGUUGUCCGCAGUGACAAGUCCGGUGUGCAGAAGAUCCGAGCCAAGGAGAUCGUUCCUGGUGAUGUUGUUGAGGUGUCGGUCGGUGACAAAAUCCCUGCUGAUAUCCGUUUGAUCAAAAUCUUCUCCACCACCAUCCGUAUCGAUCAGUCCAUUCUGACUGGUGAAUCAGUGUCGGUUAUCAAACACACAGAUGCCGUCCCGGACCCCCGUGCCGUAAACCAGGACAAGAAAAACAUUCUGUUCUCCGGCACGAACGUUGCCGCCGGUAAGGCGCGCGGUGUUGUCAUUGGCACCGGUCUGAGCACGGCUAUCGGUAAAAUCCGUACCGAAAUGUCGGAAACCGAGGAAAUCAAGACUCCGCUGCAGCAGAAAUUGGAUGAAUUCGGAGAGCAGCUCUCGAAGGUUAUCUCGCUCAUUUGCGUCGCCGUCUGGGCCAUCAACAUCGGCCACUUCAACGAUCCCGCCCACGGUGGCUCCUGGAUCAAGGGUGCUGUGUACUACUUCAAGAUCGCUGUCGCUCUGGCCGUCGCUGCCAUCCCGGAGGGCCUGCCCGCUGUCAUCACCACCUGUCUGGCCCUUGGUACGCGCCGUAUGGCUAAAAAGAACGCCAUCGUCCGUUCGCUGCCGUCCGUCGAAACGUUGGGUUGUACUUCGGUUAUCUGCUCGGAUAAAACCGGCACGCUGACCACCAAUCAGAUGUCUGUUUCGCGUAUGUUCAUCUUCGACAAAGUUGACGGUUCUGAUAGCAGCUUCACCGAAUUCGAAAUCUCCGGUUCUACCUAUGAACCGAUCGGUGAGGUCACUCUCAAUGGACAGCGCGUCAAGGCCUCUGACUACGAGACGCUUCACGAGCUCGGUACGGUCUGCAUCAUGUGCAACGACUCGGCCAUCGAUUUCAACGAAGUGAAGAAGGUAUUCGAAAAGGUCGGCGAAGCUACGGAAACUGCACUGAUCGUGCUAGCGGAGAAGCUGAACCCCUUCAACGUGUCUAAGCAGGGUUUGGACCGCCGCUCGGGCGCCAUCUGCGUGCGUCAGGAGAUUGAAACCAAGUGGAAGAAAGAGUUCACAUUGGAGUUCUCUCGGGAUCGUAAAUCUAUGUCGACCUACUGCACGCCACUGAAAGCCUCGAAGCUUGGCAACGGACCGAAGCUGUUCUGUAAGGGUGCCCCCGAGGGCGUCCUGGAACGUUGUACGCACGCCCGUGUUGGUACUACGAAGGUGCCACUGACGGCUACUCUGAAGCAGCGCAUUCUUGACCUUACCCGUCAGUACGGUACUGGACGUGACACGCUCCGUUGCCUGGCCCUGGCCACCGCUGAUGCGCCGAUGAAGCCCGACGACAUGGAUCUGAACGAUUCGACCAAGUUCUACACCUAUGAAGUUAACCUGACUUUCGUCGGUGUCGUUGGUAUGCUGGAUCCACCACGUAAGGAAGUCACAGACGCGAUUGUUCGUUGCCGUGCCGCCGGUAUCCGUGUCAUUGUUAUCACUGGUGACAAUAAGGCCACCGCUGAAGCUAUCUGUCGCCGCAUCGGUGUGUUUAAAGAGGACGAAGACACCACCGGCAAGUCGUACUCGGGCCGUGAAUUCGACGAUCUUUCUAUUUCUGACCAGCGUGACGCCUGUGCCCGCGCCCGUCUGUUCUCACGUGUUGAGCCGGCCCACAAGUCGAAGAUUGUAGAGUACUUGCAGAGCAUGAAUGAAAUCUCCGCCAUGACGGGUGAUGGUGUAAACGAUGCCCCCGCCCUGAAGAAAGCUGAAAUCGGUAUUGCCAUGGGUUCGGGAACCGCUGUGGCCAAAUCGGCAGCCGAGAUGGUGUUGGCUGACGAUAACUUCUCCUCCAUUGUGGCCGCUGUUGAGGAAGGUCGCGCUAUCUACAACAACAUGAAGCAGUUCAUCCGCUACCUGAUCUCAUCUAACAUCGGUGAGGUUGUGUCUAUCUUCCUGACCGCUGCCCUGGGUCUCCCGGAGGCUCUCAUUCCCGUUCAGCUUCUGUGGGUCAAUCUGGUCACUGACGGUCUGCCAGCUACGGCACUCGGAUUUAACCCUCCGGAUCUUGACAUUAUGACCAAGCCACCGCGUAAAGCUGACGAAGGUUUGAUCUCUGGAUGGCUGUUCUUCCGUUACAUGGCCAUCGGUGGAUACGUCGGUUGCGCUACCGUCGGUGGAGCUGUUUGGUGGUUCAUGUACUCCGAUGGAGGCCCACAGCUGUCGUACUGGCAGUUGACUCACCAUCUGUCCUGCCUCGGUGGUGGUGAUGGAUUCAAGGGCGUCGAGUGCAAGAUCUUUAACGAUCCGCAUCCGAUGACGAUGGCCCUGUCGGUUCUGGUAACCAUCGAAAUGUUGAACGCCAUGAACAGCUUGUCUGAGAAUCAGUCGCUAGUCCAGAUGCCGCCAUGGUGCAACUUGUGGCUCAUCGCCUCCAUGUGCCUGUCGUUCGCGCUUCACUUCGUCAUCCUCUACGUUGACGUUCUCUCCGCCGUUUUCCAAGUGACGCCACUGAACACUGAUGAGUGGCUGACCGUCAUGAAGUUCUCGCUGCCGGUCGUGCUGUUGGACGAAAUCCUUAAGUUCGUCGCCAGAAGGAUCUCGGACGGUGAGAGCUAUGUUAAAAAUAUGCAUGGACUAGUGUUAGCGUGGGCAGUGUUUUUCGCUUUCAUCAUAUGGGGUCCAUAAUGCCAGUGCGAUUAGAGACAGAGCCUGCGCUAGUUCUACUACUACCACUACUAUUACUACUACUAUUACUUCUUCCACCACCAGUUCUACUGAUAGAGGGGAGAUUCACUGUUAUUAGGGAAAAGAAAUGCGUAGAGAUGAAAGCGAACAAGGGCGCGCAAAUAGCGGUAGUAGCGAAUCAUCGGCAACAAGGCACAGAGCACACACACGCACUCAUCUAUGUGCACAUCCACACCCACAUUACUCACCUAUUAUGUUGGGAUCGCGAAAUGUUUAAGAUUUGUGAAAUUCGGUUUCCUAUUGGAGAUAAAAUUAUUCACUUUGGAACGGAAAGUUUUUGGUAGAAACGCUCGUAGAUUUAAUAGCCGGGGUCCUCCAACUAUUUGGCCACUGCUAUUGUGAUAAACGGCCCGAAACGUGUACGCUAUUAUCGUGUUAUUAAGAAUGAUUGUUUUGGUUUUCACAACGUUUCAUUUCCGUCAUUUUUUUUGUCAUUCAAUUAACAGUUCUGUUGCUUGUUAUUACCGUGCGCAAACGCAUAUGUGAAAAUUAGUUCAGAAACUAAGCGUACAUGCGCGUUUAAUAGACGUAAAUGUGGGUGUGAGCUUCUAAGGAUCGAUUAAUCGAAACAUGAAUGCUCCUGGCCCUCUUUAAAAAGAAGUGUUGGAAGUGUGCCGUGUGUGCUCGCGUAUCUCUCGGCAGUCGAUUCUGUCCCGUUUGUUGGUGAUUCUUUUGCUUACCACGACAACAACAAGCAAAUGCGAUAGUGUUAUCGUCUAUAGAAUAAUAGAAUUGCGCUAUUAUAGAAUGAUGCUGCUGCGGUGCUAGCAGCAACAAAGGUUAGAAACAAAGAAAUACGAGUGAUAGUUGAAAUAUUAUUUUUAUUACUAUAAAUUUCCAAUUAGACUCUCCCCCGCCGUUCUUUCAUGUGAUCGAAAUCAAUGUUAGUCCUCUCGCGUCCGCGUUUUUGAUUGGUUUCGAAUAUCCUAUCUCAUGCACACUUACUCCGUUCACAAGUCGGCGGUUUGUUUUACACCUAUCGAAGAUAAACAUAUUUGGAAACGUUGUGUAGCUUUAUAGACGUUUUUAAUCUCAGCAAUAAGAAUGGACCCCAUCUAGAAGAACUAUCCCACGGUACUGCAGUAGUAGUGUAAGCUUAAUGCAAGAAAGCAAAGCAAAAAACCACACAAACAUUCAUCUUAUGUACGCGACUCACGCACGCGUCCAUACUACAAAAAUGGCGGUCGAGACGCCACCAGUAUGUGAGGCGUAUAAUUUGCAUUGGGAUGCAGUGAGCGAUAGCGACUAAGCCGACAGUUUGCUCCCCUAGUCCCAUGUCUACUUUCAUCUCAUACAAAGCAAACGAGCAUGUCUUGUGUG